AUGCGAUAGUAAUAUUUAUUGGGUCGAUAUUUAAGACUUAAGUACAUCGAAAAAGAGCCUCUGAUACCAGAUACAAUUUAUAGAAAAGACAAAGGACACUAAGAAGUUGUCAUCUUUGCAUCAAACAUCUCGAGAACUAUUUAAAGCGCUGAGUUCUUGCUAUAAGGACUCUAUCCUCAGAGCAAAAGAGUUGAUUUUUUCAUAAAGUAAGAGUAGAUCCCAUUCGCUAGACCACCACUAACUAUUCACAAUUAGGAAUAAUUAGAGAGCAAACUUGGUCUCAAAUCUCUUGAGUAUAAGAUUGACCCCGUUGAUAUAGUGGUAUUCUUUGGAAAAGAUACAGUGCUUAGAGCUGAUUAGUGUCCAGAUGUUAAGAAAAUUUUGGUAGAUUUGAAAAAAACUGAUGAAUAUUUGGACCUGGAGAAGGACUUCAAGGAGGGUUACUUCAAGAAAAUACCAAGCAUACUAAAUGUUACUGAUUUAGAAAGCUUCGAUAGAAUGAGAGACAUCCUAGACUGUAGGUAUGCUGAGGGCAAAUAUAUUGCAAACAUGACUGAUGAAUAGUUCAACGAGUUCAUGGAAUAAGCUGAGGCUUCAUAUGAAUACUUACAUGGAAAUCAUUAGUUGAAUAAACUUGAGGUUACUGGAUUUUUUGAGCAUGUGAAGUACUUUUUAGAGAAUACUUAUAAAAAUGCUGAAAGUGGAAAGGAAAUCAUAGAAAGAAUGAGAAUAUACAUAGGCCAUGAUAGACUAAUUCAACCUAUUAUGGCUAGUUUUGGAAUCUCAUUGAAGAGAUCACCAGAAUUCGCAUCAUUCUUAAUUUUUGAAAUGAUUCAAAGAGAGGUUGACUAAGUGAAAAGCUACUAUAUCAAAGUAAAAUUAAAUGGAAAAGAAUAGAUGGUGACUGGGUGCUCUUUAAUACAAUCAGGAUUGUGUGAAUAUAAUGACUUUUAGAAGAUUUUAGAUAGCUCCAGUCUUGAAAAUUAUGAUUAUACUGGCUAUUGUCAAUGA